AUGGGGCACCUUUUGAAUGCCUUGUCAAUCAUGGGACACACGCAUCAGCAUCUGACAGCGUUCAGAAAAGAUGCUCAGCGCUACGCGCUUCCAUAUGAUUACAAAGGAGUGUGUGAUGUCGAGGCUGGAAACAGCAAACUGCUUUACGGAGAGGAUGGAGCGGUGGUAGGCGCCGUGGUAGGCGAGGCAACGUCUAUGUGGCUGGCUAUUGGCUCCUACAAUUACGGAAUCCCUGCAAAGAGAAUGCCCUUUCCCAACGGGACGUGUACGGCGGACCUUGUCAACGGAUCCAUGACAACCGUUGCUAUGACAACGGCCCUAACAACAUCCGCAACGACAUUUACCACAGGCAUGAUGCCGGAAGAAAGUCCAAUUAGCCCCGGCCUCCAGUGGUUGUACUCUAUCUCCUACCUAUGGUAUACUGGCAUUGGGAUGAUUAUUGUGGUUGUGGUGGGGCUUCCAGUCAGCUUUCUCACAGGAGCCAACUCCACCCACGAUAUACCGGCCAAGUACCAGAUCCCUGUAUUCAGCCGUAUCUUCUGUUGUCUGCCAAACUCCUGGCUUAGAGGACUGGCCUGUAACAGGGACUUUCCA